AAAUAUCUUCAAAAUAAUUCAAACACUCUUAAUCACUAGAUUAACAAGCUUUGAUCUCUGCGAAGAUUUCUCCACCAAUUGGCUUCAAUCACAGUUCGUUUUUAGCCGACAAAAAACUUUUAGUGUUGAACUCAAAUCUUGAUUUGGGUUUGAUUUAUAGUUCCCUUUUUACUGAUUGGGUGAUAAGAGUUUCAGCAUUAAGUCAAAUCCUUGAUUUCAAACUAGCAACUUCAGCUUGAAUUGGUUUUUAUCGUACUUAGUAAUUGAGCUGCCAGUUACUCAAUCUGUUUGAUGGAAGCGCUUCGUGAAAUUCGGCGAUGAGAUUGAGCUGUGGGAAGAGGGAAUAAUGGGGAAAGUUGUAGAUGGAUUUAUAUUGCCCUUAUUGCUUUUGAUAGCUGGGUUACUUAAUUGGAGUCUGAUUUCUUUCGUCAGUUUGGUGGCUUCUCUUAUUUUCCGAUUUACUUUCCCUAAAACAGGAUUUCGAUAUGGAGGGAGAGUCUUGUCUUUGUGGUUUGUUUUCAUAUAUUCAGCACUUGUGAUUAUUUCACAAGUGAUUUUUUUAAUUUUAUGCGCGGUUCUGGAUUGGCGAUGGACUGUUGCUGAUGCUUGGUGGAUAAAGCUAAUUGGACUUAUGAACAUUGAGGCCUGGAGAUCUCCCACAGUUAUGUACUUCCUAGUAGUACAGUUAUUAGUGGGACUAGUUGCUUUCAUUGAGAUCAACAGGAGCAGAUUCGGCCUUUUUGAAUCUCGAGAUUCAUGCUGGGGUCAUUUUUCUUCACUUGUUGAACACAUAGGUUACCGUCUUAGGUUGGUUUGCUGCUUACUGCUCCCAGCUGUGCAGUUAGCUUCAGGGAUCAGCAAUCCUUCUUGGCUUUCGUUGCCAUUUUUCAUUUGCAGUUGUGUUGGUCUUGUUGAUUGGUCUCUGACAAGCAACUUUUUAGGCCUUUUCAGGUGGUGGAAGCUGCUCUGGGUAUACGCUGGCUUCAACAUUGGCCUACUUUAUGUUUAUCAGCUGCCUGUUGGGUUCGCACAGUCUUUUCUAGUGAUAGCUGACUCAAUUGGUCUAUACAAGGCUUCUUUCAGUUCUGACUGGCAAGAGAUAUGUUCUGGUAUUUCACUGAUGGUGUUUUACUACAUGCUCUCUUUUGUAAAACAUGAUUUAGAAGACAUGGAAUUCAUGAUGUCCAUGAGAGAAGGCAGCUUGACUGAGCAACUUCUUCCCACGAGAAAUUCCUUUUUUGUUCGCCAGCUGAGGUCUGGUGUAAGGCAUACAAAUAUUUUAUUAAGGGGACCAAUAUUCAGGUUUUUUAGCAUCAACUGGUUCACUUAUGGUUUCCCGGUAUCCUUGUUUGCUCUUUCAUAUUGGAGCUUCAAUUUUGCAAGUAUAUGUGCAUUUGCGUUACUUGCAUAUGUUGGGUAUGUUUUGUAUGCUUUUCCAUCCUUGUUCUGGUUGCACCGGUUAAAUGGGCUGCUUCUAGUUUUCAUUCUCUUGUGGGCCGUAAGCACGUAUGUUUUUAAUGUGGCUUUUGCGUACGUGAACUGGAAACUCGGGAAGGAUAUGGAGAUCUGGGAGAUGGUUGGUUUAUGGCAUUAUCCUAUCCCUGGUUUUUUCCUUCUAGCACAGUUCUGUCUAGGGAUUCUUGUUGCUCUUGGUAAUCUUGUUAACAGCUCGGUAUUUCUUUUCCUAUCAAAUGAGGAGAGGCAACUCUCAGAUGAGAACAGGACCGAGGAAGUGAAGGAAGAUGCCAAGGUCUUGAUUGUAGCCACAAUUGCCUGGGGACUUCGGAAAUGUUCUCGUCCUAUUAUGCUAUUACUCAUUUUCUUGAUAGCUGCAAGACCUGGUUUAGUUCAUGCUGUUUAUAUAAUAUUCUUCUUUGCAUACCUUUUGAGCCAUCAAAUCAACAAAAGGAUGCGGAAGUGUCUUAUUCUUCUGUGUGAGGCUCACUUUGCUGCUCUAUACAUUCUUCAGCUUAGUCUUGUAUCCAGAAAAUUGGAACAGAAGGGCUCUAUCAGUCUGGAAGUGCUAUCAGAAUUAGGUCUUGUACAAAAUGAUAGUACUUGGGAGUUCCUUGAAAUAGCUCUGCUUGCAUGCCUUUGUGCCAUUCAUAACCAUGGAUUUGAAAUGUUGUUCUCGUUCUCUGCAAUUGUUCAGCACACACCAUGUCCUCCCAUUGGAUUUGGCAUUCUGAAAGCUGGUUUAAACAAAUCUGUUCUUCUGUCAGUUUAUGCCACCUCAGAUCAUCGCAGCAAUAGUUCCCAUGAGAGAAGGGUGGCAUUGUAUCUCAGUGCAAUUGGGGAGAAGUUCUUAUCUAUAUAUCGAUCGUUUGGAACCUAUAUUGCUUUUCUCACCAUUCUUUUUGCGGUGUACCUUGUGAGACCUAAUUAUAUAUCAUUUGGUUACAUUUUUCUUCUCCUCAUCUGGAUCAUUGGAAGACAGCUUGUUGAGAGGACAAAACAGCGACUAUGGUUUCCACUCAAGGCAUAUGCAAUUGUUGUUUUCAUUUUCAUUUAUGUUUUAAGUAUUUUUCCCACUUUCGAGACAUGGAUGUCCAAAAAGGUUAAUCUGUAUGUCUGUUUUGGCUAUAAUACCGAAGCCUCUUUGCUAGAAAACCUUUGGGAGUCUCUAGCAAUUGUAAUUGUGAUGCAACUUUAUAGCUAUGAGAGAAGGCAAAGCAAACACAUGAACUUGGAAGAUGCUGAUCCAUUGCAGUUUGGGAUUUUGGGGUUCAUUAAACGGUUCCUGAUCUGGCACAGUCAAAAGAUUUUGUUUGUGGCAUUGUUCUAUGCUUCAUUAUCUCCAAUAAGUGCAUUUGGUUUUUUGUAUAUUCUUGGUCUCAUCCUAUCAUCUACUUUGCCUAAAGCAUCUAGGAUCCCAUCCAAAUCAUUCUUAAUUUAUACGGGAUUUCUGGUUUCAACUGAGUAUCUUUUCCAGAUGUGGGGUAAAUUGGCUCAAAUGUUUCCAGGACAAAAACACAACAAUUUGUCUAUUUUCCUGGGUUUACAGGUGUAUACACCUAGUUUUGAGGGCCUAGAAGCAGGUUUGAGGCCAAAAGUGCUGGUAAUUGCUGCAUGUAUCCUUCAGUAUAAUGUUUUUCACUGGUUGGAAAGAAUGUCUAGUUCUCUUCCGAAUGCAGGCAGAUCAGAAGAACCUUGUCCUUUAUUUGUUUCCGAGGAAGAUGUUUCUUCUGCUGUUUUAACUCCCAGCGAGGAUAAUGAGACAUCAUCAGAAUCUGGUGACCCCUCCCGUCGAAGGAUAAGGAGCAAUUCAUGGUCAUCUUUUCAACAUGUAAAUGAUCAACCAUCUCAAGAUUUGUCUCGAGGCUUUCACGAAAAUGGAAGCAAUAGAAAAUUCUCUUUUGGUUAUAUCUGGGGAAGCAUAAAGGACAGUCACAAGUGGAAUAAGAAAAGAGUUGUUACCUUGAGGCAGGAGAGGUUUGAAAUGCAGAAGACAAUGCUAAAAGUUUAUUUGAAGUUUUGGAUUGAAAACAUGUUCAACCUCUUUGGGCUUGAGAUCAACAUGUUAGCCCUACUACUUGCCAGUUUUGCUCUAUUAAAUGCCAUGUCUAUGUUCUAUAUUGCGUCUCUUGCUACUUGUGUUCUGUUGGCACGUCCUAUCAUACAUAAGCUGUGGCCAAUAUUUGUCAUUCUUUUUGCUAUCAUUCUUCUUGCUGAAUAUUUUGCAAUGUGGAGCACUGUGAUGCCUUUCAGUCAACAUGUACAGACCCCAACUGACGCGCGUUGUCAUGGUUGCUGGAAAGACUCGAGUAUAUACUUCCAGUACUGUGAAAUGUGUUGGCUGGGGAUUAUAGUUGAUGAUCCCCGGAUGCUGAUCAGUUAUUAUAUGGUAUUUAUGCUGGCAUGUUUUAAAUUGCGAGCAGACCGUGCCUCCAGUUUUUCAUGGUCAUCUACGUAUCACCAGAUGGUUUCUCAACGUAAAAAUGCUUCUUUAUGGCGAGAUAUCUCAUUUGAAACAAAAGGCAUGUGGACUAUUAUGGAUUAUUUGAGGGUUUACUGCUAUUGUCACCUAUUGGAUCUAGUACUUACUCUUAUAUUAAUCACGGGAACCUUGGAGUAUGAUAUUCUGCACCUUGGAUACCUUGGUUUUGCUCUAAUUUUCUUUCGCAUGAGGCUUACCAUAUUAAAGAAGAAAAAUAAGAUCUUCAAGUACUUGCGUGUGUACAAUUUUGCCGUUAUUGUUCUCUCUCUGGCGUAUCAAUCUCCUUUCAUUGGUGACUUUACUGCAGGGAAGUGUGAAACCGUUGAUUACAUCUAUGAGGUGAUUGGAUUUUAUAAAUAUGAUUAUGGAUUUCGGAUCACCUCGAGAUCUGCUCUGGUUGAAAUCAUCAUUUUUGUUCUGGUAUCUUGUCAGUCGUAUAUGUUUUCUUCCUCAGAAUUUGAUUAUGUAUUUCGAUAUCUUGAGGCUGAACAAAUUGGUGCAAUUGUUCGAGAGCAAGAGAAGAAAGCUACUUGGAAGACUGAACAGUUGCAGCACAUUCGAGAAUCUGAGGAGAAAAAACGUCAGCGUAACUUGCAAGUGGAGAAGAUGAAAGCUGAAAUGCUCAACCUACAAAUUCAGCUCCACAGUAUGAAUUCUCCUACUGCUCGUGCUGAUUCUUCACCUGCUAAUGAAGGAUUGAGAAAAAGGAAGAAUGCUUCACUUAAUCUACAAGACACUGGCAAUGCUGAGAAACAGGAUGGUGAUACCAAUGCUGAUUUAGUUUUCCCGUCUCAUCUGUAUGAAUCUCCAAGGAGCUUAAGAGCAGAAAAUCCAUUUGCUGCAGAUUUUACAAAACCACAAAGGUAUGCAUCUUUCAGUGAGAUAACUGAACUUAGGGAUGAGGCUAGUGAUAAUGCUGGUAAUGAUUCAGAUGAAGCGAAGAAAGGUAAACCCCAGUCGAAGGAAAACCAUUUAGCUUCUGCUGUACAACUAAUAGGUGAUGGCGUUUCUCAGGUUCAAUCAAUUGGCAAUCAGGCAGUUAGCAGUCUCGUCAGCUUUUUGAACAUCUCACCUGAAGACUCAGAUUCAAAUGAACCCCCAUCUUUGCAAGAUGGACUUUCUACUGAUGAAAGAAGCACAAAUAAUAAACAGACACACUUGAGUAGUUCAUCUUCUCUGCUGUCUGACAAGAGUAGAACUUCAGGAUUUGCGAGUUGGCAGAUUGGACGAAUAAUUCGUCAUAUAUGGUCUCAGAUGCGGUCAAACAAUGAUGUAGUGUGCUACUGUUGUUUUAUUCUUGUUUUUAUAUGGAACUUCAGUUUGCUUUCCAUGGUUUACUUGGCGGCUCUGUUUCUAUAUGCUCUCUGUGUGAAUACUGGACCAAGUUACAUCUUCUGGGUUAUAAUGCUAAUCUAUACCGAAAUUUAUAUUUUGGUGCAGUAUUUAUACCAAAUAAUGAUACAGCAUUGUGGUUUCAACAUCCAGUCAGAUCUUCUCCGUCAAUUGGGGUUUCCUACAAAAAAGAUAACAUCAGCAUUUGUUAUCAGUUUGCUACCUUUGUUUUUGCUGUAUCUAUUUACUCUAAUACAGAGCUCUAUUACUGCGAAGGAUGGUGAAUGGUUUUCAGUAGGUUUUGGUAAUGGUAAAGGGGGGCCACUAAACCAAGAGCGUGGCCAAACAGGAUCUAGCUGGAGUGAGAAAGCAAAGAAGUAUCUCCAAUUAAUCAAACGAUUGGUUAUAACAGUGGUGAGUAACUGUUGUAGAUAUUGGAAAUCACUGACGCAAGAAGCAGAAUCUCCUCCAUACUUUAUUCAAUUGUCCAUGGAUGUCAAAGUAUGGCCAGAGGAUGGGAUUCAGCCCGAGAGGAUUGAGUCUGGAAUAAAUCGGCUGCUGCAGCUUGUCCAUGAUGAAAACUGCAAGAGUGAAAUGCCUAAUCCUUGUCCUUGUGCCAGCAAGGUUCAAAUUCGUAGCAUUGAAAAAAGUUCUGAAAAUCUGAGUGUGGCCCUGGCUGUUUUUGAGGUGGUUUAUGUCUCUUCGUUAACUGACUGUAGUCCAGCUGAAAAAUUCAAAUCUCUUACUCCAGCCUCCGACAUAGCAAAGGAGAUACUUAGGGCACAGGAGAAGGAACUUAAUUAUGAAGUUGGAUUCCCUUACCGUAUAAUCUCAGUAAUUGGAGGUGGCAGGAGAGAAAUUGAUCUUUAUGCCUAUGUUUUUGGUGCUGACUUGACAGUCUUCUUUCUGGUUGCCAUAUUCUACCAGUCAGUUAUAAAAAAUAAAAGUGAAUUUCUGGAGUACUAUCAGCUCGAGGACCAAUUUCCGAAAGAAUAUGUAUUUAUGCUAAUGAUAAUCUUCUUCUUGAUUGUUGUUGAUCGCGUCAUAUACCUCUGUUCAUUUGCAACUGGAAAAGUCAUCUUUUACAUUUUCAGCAUCUUUCUUUUCACUUAUGCUGUCACUGAGUAUGCUUGGGAUAUGGAUACUUCACGACAAAGUACUGCUGGGUUGGCCAUUCGAGCAAUGUAUCUUACCAAAGCAGUUUCUCUUGUAUUACAAGCCAUGCAAAUUCGAUAUGGUGUUCCUCAUCAAAGCACAUUGUAUCGCCAAUUUCUAACCAGUGAAGUUUCUCGUGUUAACUAUCUGGGGUAUAAGCUGUAUCGGGUUUUACCUUUUCUGUAUGAGCUGCGUUGCGUCCUUGACUGGUCAUGCACAGCAACAUCCUUGACAAUGUAUGACUGGCUGAAGUUGGAGGACAUAAAUGCAAGCUUGUACCUUGUCAAAUGUGAUAAUGUUCUGAACAGAGCCUCUCAUAAACAAGGAGAGAAGCAGACAAAGAUGACGAAGCUUUGCAACGGCAUAUGUCUCUUCUUCAUUCUAAUUUGUGUUAUUUGGGCUCCAAUGCUGAUGUACAGUAGUGGUAAUCCAACGAACAUAGCGAAUCCAAUCAAUGCUGCCAGUUUUCAGUUUGAGAUCAAGACAACUGGUGGCAGAUUGAUCUUGUACCAGACAACUCUUUGCGAAAUAAUUCCAUGGGAGAAAGUGAAGUCCAGUGACGUUGAUCCACAAAAUUAUUUGGAGUCAUACAAUGCGAAUGACAUUCAGCUUAUUUGCUGCCAAGCUGAUGCAAGCAGUCUAUGGCUUGUCCCUGGUGUGGUUAAGAAGCAGUUUAUUCCGUCUCUGUACGUUGAUAUGGAAAUGAAAUUUUCUUGGAUACUUACAAGGGACCGACCGAAAGGCAAGGAAAAGGUGAAAUAUGACAAGGGUGUGGAUCCAUCAAGUCUUCCUAGAGCAUCAGAAGUUGAGGGGGUUCUGAAUGGUUCCUGGAGCAGCUUUAGGGUUUACAAUAUCUAUCCAAGAAAUUUCCGUGUUACCGGUUCUGGAGAAAUUAGACCUGUUGAUCAAGUGCAGAGUCUUGUGAAUGCGGAGCUUGUGCUGCACCAUGAGACGUAUGAUUGGUGGUCGUUCCAAGAUAUGAAUCCUCCAAAUGCGGAUGGGUGUAGAGGAUUGUGGGGGCCUAUGGCUGUGGUGGUGUCGGAGGAGACCCCGCAGGGAAUCCUGGGGGAGACGCUGAGCAAAUUCAGCAUAUGGGGGCUGUACAUCACAUUCGUCCUUGCUGUUGGGCGUUUUAUUAGAAUGCAGUGUUCUGACCUACGAAUGAGGAUACCCUAUGAGAAUCUGCCUUCAUGCGACAGGCUGAUUGCCAUCUGUGAGGAUAUAUACGCUGCAAGAGCAGAAGGUGAACUCCGAGUUGAAGAGGUACUCUACUGGACACUCGUCAAAAUUUACAGAUCGCCUCAUAUGCUGCUCGAGUAUACCAACCCCGACUAGUCCACUCCAAUUAUAUACUCAGAAUAACUUACUAACUUCUAACCUAAACAACUUUAAUUUUCAUAUCAUUUAAAUCCCAUCAAUUAUCCCAAAUCUAUGAAAUUCUUAUCUACUGUAUCUCCUGCCCUACAAAAAUUGCCAUAUUUAACUAUAAAAUACCUCCUUUUCAUUAUUACAAAUCAAAAAAUAAAAUAUUUUCUUCA